UUAAAAAUUUUUCAAGGUAAGAAAACGUUUUUGUAAUGAACGCGACAGCCACAUAAUAAUUAAAACAAAAGAGUCUAAUUCUACACUCUACACUCACAAGCGCAAGAUCAUCAUUGCUUUUUACCUGAUCUAGAUCUACUAAUGAUCUAGCUGUAGUUUAACAGCACAGUGUGAAGAGUGAAGUCUAUGUCUAUAUUAUAGGUCCACUAUUUAAAGCUCACUACCAUGACUUCAACACAGGCUCUGCUGCUCAAAGAAAAGUUGGAGGCUGUUAACCAACAAAAACUGACCUAUAUUAAAACCACACAAGUAUUGGACAAUUGCAUAUUCAAGGCUCAGAAAAUAAUUGAUGAGUUGAUGAGAUCAGAAAGAAGAUCUGCUGCAGCUGCAAUGAAAGUGGCCAUUUACUUGGAUAGUUUGGAAGAAAAAUUAACUUUGUGUCAAAAUGUAAUGAAAUCACUGGAAGAUAUGGAUGUUGAUUCCAAAGAUGUGAUUUCUCAUGUCACCACCAGCAAUAGUUUAGAAUAUAACUUGGCCAAAGUAAGCCAAGAAACUAACAACACAGUCAUCGAGAUUUUAAAAACUCAAGUUGAAGAACUUCAGAGUCACUACAUUAGUUGGCAAGAAACCAAUAAGAAAGAAGUGAUAGAUAAAAUACAACAAAUGGAAACAGACAUAUUCUUAAUGAAAGAAGCCCACCAAUCAGGAAUCCCCAAAAUGGACACAAGACUGCAGAAUGUUGAAGUCAAGCAAUUGCUCAUUGAUGAGAUACAAGUUAAAAACAAUGAAAAUCUGAACACUAACAGCUUAGAGAUGGCUAGGCUUAGAGCUGACAUAGCCAGCCUUCAAGAUCAAGUCCAUAGGUUCCAAGUAAGAGAUAUUGAGAAACUUAAAAAAGAGAUAAGUGGACUGGUCAAGUUGAGAGACAUAUUAAAUGAAAGUAAUAAAACUGUGACCUCCAGAUCUGAACUAGCCAGCAAUGUUGAACACCUACGGGAAGAAAUUCUCAAUAUUCAGGCAGAGAUACGCUCCAAUGAACAAAAUGUCAACAUUUCUAAAGAUGCUGACCCUGAUAUAGCUAAGGCUAAUGAGAUGUCCAAUGUUUUGCCAGUCUUCUCUGUUAACGUAUCCUCAUCUUACACCAUACUACCCAAAAAGAAAUUAAUAUUUACAACACCUAGUCUGAAUAAGUGGGGCUGCUUUAACCAACAGGAUGCAGUAUUUGAAGCACCAGUCAAUGGAAUCUAUUUUUUUUCCAUCUCUGUAAAUGCAGACUCUCCUGGUGAACUCUGUCUUGGUAUAAUUCACAAUAAUAAGAGUACAGCCCUGUGUUCAACGUGUGGCACUAAAAAUGCCCAGUCGAGCACCUCAGUACUGCUGGAACUUGCUGUAGGUGACAAAGUAUGGGUGGAAGCCGAUAGGCAGACAGACAUUAAAGGAGUAAAAAUUGGAAGCGGUUAUUCUAACUUUAUAGGUUUUCGAGUCAGGUAACUUCUUACAAAAAUCGUUUAAAAAAAAAUAAAUUAAAAAAUGGUUGAAACUUUUAAAGGAGGAGUUUAUUAAUUGAAAAAAUAAAGCCUGAACUAUAAAGAACACAUUUAGUUUGGUUAAUGUCUUCCACUUAAAUACAUAAGUAAAUGAUGCUCUUUUUAAAAAUCUAUCUUGAACAAUAUUUGUGUAACACAAUAUUACUUGUGUAAUGUUGAACCUGAAAUCUCACAAAUUUUGUGAAUGAAAGCUAUUAUAUUUUUCUUGAAAGAGAAAUUUUUAUAAAUAUUUUUUUGUAAUUGCAUCAGAUCAUUAUACUUUAUACAUUUAAUAUUAUAACUUUAACAUUCAAUGUAUAUUAAUAUAAUAAUAAUAAUAAUAAUCUUUAUUGUCUGUAUGUAAUUUAGCAUUGUCACUGUGAUAGACACAAAUUUCUUUAUAUGCAUUCAACUGUUUAUUACGAUACAUGUUUAAUAAAAUUGUGACUUACACAAUGUUUAUACUUAAUAAUUUCAGGCAUUUAUUUAGUUGUAUAUAAUAAAUACAUAUUGAAGUGAAAUAAUUUCUGUGAAUUCAAAAUUGACUUUCAAAAUGCCUGAUGUAAACUGUUUAAAAAAUGACAAGAAUAGAAAAGACUACUUAAAUAAUAAUUUGUUUUGACUCAUCUAGAAAUGAAAGCACAUAUAUUCAAAAUGAUUAUAAUAGAUGAUCGACAGUAACAGGGUUUGCGUAUAUUAACCGUUUUAAAUUCAAGCAUAGCCUUGAAGCUUAUGAGGUUUAGUAUAAGUGUUAAUUUCACUAAACUUUAGUCGGCUUUGCUUAGACACUUUGCAAAGAGCUUUAAGAGAGAGAGUUGUUGGAGAGGGGGAGUUGUGUGACUUGAUUUUAUUGAGAGAGAAGUUACUUUUACUUUAUGUUAGAGCAGACAGUUUGUUUUUGUCCUAAGAUAGGUAGUCUGAGUUGUGAGGACUAUCUAAUUGACAUUCUUGAAUUUCUUGAACAUAUUUUCAGUAGUUUAAUAAAGUGAUUAACUAUC